AUGGGUAUUUCCCGUGAUUCUAUGCACAAACGCCGUGCCACCGGUGGAAAGCGUGCUCAAUUCCGCAAGAAGAGAAAGUUCGAGCUUGGCCGUCCUGCUGCCAACACCAAGGUAUGUUAUUCUUGAUACGAGUUUUUGUUUAUUAUUUUUUACCAAAGAUUUUGACUGAUUUUGGCUUUACUUUUUGAAUUUUUUAAUAUACAUUUUUUUGUAGAUUGGACAACACCGUGUUCACUUGGUCAGAUGCCGUGGUGGAAACAUAAAACACCGUGCUCUUCGUCUUGAUACCGGAAACUUCGCCUGGGCCUCCGAGGGUAAUAUUUUAAAUUUAUUGUUGUUGAAUUUUAGGCUGGGUUGUAUCGGGGUUCUUAACAGUCUUGAUUAUUUUAACGUCUUUUAUCUACGUAUAUUACAGGAACCACCAGAAAGACCCGUAUCAUCGACACCGUCUACUCGCCAUCCGGUAACGAGCUUGUGCGAACCAAAACUUUGGUCAAGUCGAUGGUUGUCUUGGUUGAUGCCGUCCCCUUCCGAUCAUGGUACGAAUCCCACUACGCCCAGCCUUUGGCCAGAAAGAAGGGCCAAAAGUUGACUCCCGAAGAGGAAGAGAAGUUCAACACCCUCAAGGAGAAGUCCAAGAAGACUCAGCGAAAGUACACCGAACGCCAACAGACCUCCGCUGUCGAGCCCCAUCUUCUCGAACAGUUCCAGACCGGUCGAUUGCUCGCUGUCAUCUCUUCCCGACCAGGCCAAUCCGGCCGUUCCGAUGGCUACAUCUUGGAAGGAAAGGAACUCGAAUUCUACCUUCGUAAAAUCAGGGCCAAGAAGGCCAAGUAA